CUGACGUAAGCAGCUGACGCAUUCUCGCCUUCCUCCAUCACCAGCCCCCCAAACACCACCAUCUAGAGACCGAUGGCACCUUAAGCGCUCACGUCAAAAUGGAAAUAUGUGCUUAGCUCUCACAUAUUCGACAUACUUCGAAGCCAAGGAGGGUCUGGCGCUACUUGGAAAGUGACCAUGGGUGGCCACGAGGACGAGGACAUGCCCUACGUGGUGGCCAACAAGCAGAAGCACGAUGAGGACCUGAAAAACAAACUGAACGACUGGUGCGAGCAGGAGUCGACGGGCAGCAAUGCCAAGUGGCUGAAGGAGGGCCAGAAUCAGCUGCGCAAAGUCAGCGAGAACCAGCAGGAGCAGGACCACAACUGCAACAUCAGCCACAAUGGCAACCGGGAGGACUUCCCGGGCCAGGAGGAGGAACGGCAGGGCAACGAGGAGCAGACCAAGUCUCCGAAAAUAGCCACGACCCCAGGCCUGAGCCAGGAGGAGGCCAAGAACAUCCUCAAUGAGCCGCUCGUCAUCCACAGCCUGGAGGACAAGGAGAAGGAGAGAGAACAGGAGGAGAAGGGGGAGAAGUCGGAGGAGGAUGAGGAGACUCCUGCUGGGGGGGAGGAAGGGGCUCAAGAGGCCCAGAGAGAGGGCGGCGUCACUGGGAGGAACGCAUGCCUUCUGUUUGCCAACAUGAACGGGACGCCCAGCGAUGACGAGUCCAACUGGCCUGCCGUGUGUCAGGACAACACCUCUGACGUUUCGCCCAACGGCAACAGAGAGUCCUUCUGGGACUCCAGCGCCUUUGAGACAGACACGGACCUCCCCGCCGGCUGGAUGAGGGUGCGAGAUACGUCGGGCACCUACUACUGGCACAUCCCCACUGGCACCACCCAGUGGGAGCCCCCCUCCCCGCUGGGCCAAGUGGGAGACUCCAUGUUGUCCUCCACCAUGUCCCUGGAGACCACGCCGUGCGACGAGCCUGAGGAAUCCUGGGCUCAGUUCUCCAGUGCUGAUGAAGGCGCUGCUGAUGGGCCGGCGUGGAAGGAGGAAGGAGAGGUUACCUCCGAUCAGAGCCUGAGAGAGUUUGAGGGCGCUACGCUACGCUACGCUUCCAUCAACCUCAACUACAAUUGCACCCAGUCUGAAGAGGAAGAGAAACUUGUUCCACUCUGCACUGAUUUAGAGAGCAAGUGUUUUGCAGUGCGUUCUCUGGGCUGGGUGGAGAUGUCCGAGGAGGACAUGGCACUGGGCAAGAGCAGCGUGGCGGUCAAUAACUGCAUCAGGCAACUCUCCUACCACAAACACAACCUGCACGACACUGCUGGAAUUUGGGGAGAGGGUAAGGACAUGCUGAUGGUGCUGGAGAAUGACACAAUGAACUUGAUCGAUCCAUUGGGCCAGACGCUGCUGCACACGCAGCCCAUUGGCAGCAUCCGUGUGUGGGGCGUCGGCAGAGACAACGGCAGAGACUUUGCCUAUGUCGCCCGAGACAACCUGACGCAGGUCCUGAAGUGUCACGUGUUCCGCUGUGACUCGCCGGCUAAGAACAUCGCCACCACUUUGCACGAGAUGUGCUCCAAGAUAAUGAUGGAAAGAAAAGCAUCCAGGCCGGGCGUUAGUCACCUGAAUUCUGACACUGGCAAACCCUUGGGCAUCCCUGAAGAGUUUCCAGCUCCAAAAAAUGAACUUUUCCAGCGCUUCCAUGUUUAUUACCUUGGUAGUGAGCCUGUGGCAAAGCCUGUGGGUAUGGAUGUGAUCAAUGAUGCUCUGGAGGUUGCCGUGGAGGGCAAAGAAAAAAACGACUGGACUCCCGUUUCUGUGAAUGUGGCGCCCGCCACGCUCACAAUACUUUCAAAACAGACAGAAGAGGUGCUGUCGGAGUGCAGGGUCCGCUUCUUGUCCUUCAUGGGCGUGGGCAAGGACGUGCGCACUUUCGCCUUCAUCAUGGCCAACGGUCCCAGAGAGUUCACCUGUCACAAGUUCUGGUGCGAGCCCAACGCAGCCAGCCUGAGUGAAGCUGUGCAGGCCGCAUGCAUGCUCCGCUACCAGAAAUGUCUUGACGCCCGUCCUCCCAGCCUGGCCUCCUGCCUUCCCACCCCUCCCGCCGACUCGGUGGCUCGUCGGGUCAGGAAGGGUGUGCAGAGUCUGCUGGGCAGCUUCAAGAGCUACAGGUCGGGCUCUCAGUCCCCCUGAGGCCACACCCCAUGAAGGUCCACGCAGACAUCUCCAAGUCACUCACGUCCUCUCUCUCCUCCUCCCGUUACACCCACUCGUCCUGUCGUGUCAUGGAAUAUCUUGCAGGGGGGAUAAUGUGCGACCCACCCACUCCACCUUUUUUUUUUUUUUUUAUUUUUUUGUCUGCAUUGUUUUUUAACCCCCCUCUCUUAAUAGAUGGAAUUCCAGCAUCCUUUUUUUCUUUGCCUGGAUUCUUUUGAUGUGGUUCUUAACUAUUUUUGUGUUUUAACAGAAACAAUGCGUAGAAUGUUGGAAUGUAAAAUACUUUACAUGCUAGAAUGAUGACACUAACACCCCCCACCCUUCCACCAAGAAGUACACUUUAGCUCGCUGUGGUACACUGCGUAGGGUGAUAAGACACUAACAACCACCAUUUCAUGUUCUUUAUGACGAGGACACGAGCUUUGUUUACGCAGAUGUCGUCCUCCCAUUCCGUUCCAUUCGACCAAUCCGUGUAUUGCAACAUCUUCAGCGCCACCCUUUUAGGUGGCGUCCUGAAAGUCUGCUGCAAGGUGGUGGAGUACAGAUCUAUCAUGCUCGCCUUUAUCACUUUUGACAAACUCUGUGAAACUAAAUCAUAUUAGCUACCAAAGCGACUGCAAAUGUACCGAUUGGUGGAAACAUGCGUAACACCUUAAAGCUGGCCAUACGCUGCAGCUCAAAAAGUAAAUCGACGGAAUUGAAAUUGCAAUAGACGUAGUUAGUGGAGUAUUGUAGUUUCACUAUUUAGUCGGCAAAGUUGUGCAGAGAGCCUACUCUUCACUGCACCUGCACAAGGCAUAGCUAAAAUCAAGCUAUGAACAGGUUGGUUGUGCUUUUGUCUCUUUUUGUUGUUAGCAUUAGCAUUGCCAGUCAACAGACAGCCGCCUUUUAAAGCUGCAUGGCGCGGGGGAAGAAUGAUCUGCUCAUUGUAUCAGUGGAGCAGGGCAGUGAUAGUAAUCUGCCACUGAAACAGGAGAUGACGCUGUGAAUCUACAGGAUAAAAGUGCAACUACAGCAAUAGUUGUCUCUUUGAAUGUUCUAAACUCCUGUUCUCAUGACACAGUGGAUGUAGCUCAACUUCCCAUAGGCGACGUCAUGUUUCCUUCUUUAGUCGGUUUGCUCAACAGCGCCUCUGCUGGUUGCUACCAAGUAGUACACUCCCUCAAUUUCCAAUGAAAAACCACCCUUCUGCAGUGUAUGCUCAGCUUUAGGGUGUAGCAUUGGUAGUGUGCCACGUAACCAUAUACUACCCUCCUUCACGCCAUCUCACACACACUCUCUCAAGACAAUGUAUAAUAGUCUUCUUCCAAAGAGUCGUCGGUCACAUGGUGCGUUGGUUCUCAUCGUUCAUUCUGCAUGAACAUUUGCAAGUUCAGUGCUCGUGUGCAAUAAUCACAUGUCAUUAAUGAGAGAGCGCCAAUAGCCAUGUUGAGAAUGGUCAUGUAGUGCUAGAAAUGUAAUCAGUAAUAAAAACAAACUCUGGGUUCUAAACGCGCACACACACACACACACACACCCACCCACCCAUCUGCUCAGUAGUACUGUAGGAUGCAUGUUUAGUGUGAGGCACCGUCAUUGUAUCCUGUACCUUCUCUGUCUUUCUGUGUGUGUGUGAUUGCGUGCACGUGUGUGUGUAUGUGUGUGUGUGUGUGUGUGUGUGGUCAGAGGGGGCGGGGCCUCGCAUGUCACUUUUAGUCGUCGGUGUUUCUAAUCCUAAAAUAGCAGUAGAAUGUUUAGACAGAAUAACCGCAAGAGCAGGUUUUGUUGUACAUAAGAUGAUUCUCUGGUCUUUUACUUUCCGCACACUAAAAUGUACACCUUUUUUCCACACAAUUUAGUUUUAUAAAGAACAAAUGACCUAUCCUGAUCUUCACGUGUAUGUCUGUAAGCUACGCUGUAUGUAGCACACUAGUAGUAGUUGACGCUAACGUAAAAAAAAAAAGAAAAAAAGAGGCAGUUUGUAAGACUUGUGGUCAUGUUGGACACGCAAAUAAGAUCAAUGCAACACUAAUGCAGACGCUACAACAAUAUUAUGUUUAUGGCUCGUGGAGCACCGCAAUGACCACUUCAACUCCUACCGGCUGCUUCUUGACUCGUGUCUACUGUAUAAAUAUAUGAGAAACACUAACGCACCAUUAGACAACUCAUGUUUGUGCCGUUUGCUCCCGCGAUACGUUUUGCUGUGUCACAGCCUGAACAUCGCUAGUCCAGUUAAUUUAUUUUCCCGUCAUGUAAAUUAGGUGUAUAAAAUAAAUAAAAUUGGAUGUAUAUAAAAAGUCACCGCACAAUAAAUGUGAACAUAUCAUCAGA